AUGUCUUUUGGCCCAUUUAAGGAUCUGCACAACAUUUUUCGUUUGGUGGAGGCUAUUUUCUGUACACUGGCAGCCUGUCUGUCAUCUGCACCCAGGCAAUCGUAUGGUGCUUGGUGCUUGUUCACCUGGGUUUUCUGCCUUUCGGUCUCUUUGUUCAUCCUUGUAAUGGAGAUCAUGAGCUGGUACCUUCUGCUAAUGGCAAUCUUACCCAAUUGGAAAGACUUCACCUGUGGCAUGACCAUGCUGUGCUCACUCAUGAUUUCUUCAGCCUCCUUCAUUUUCUUAGUUCAUUUCACCUGCAUGUCAUGCAUUACAGCCAUCUUCUGCACAAUCUUCUCCCUGGCAGCCAUGGGAACCUACAUGGUGGAUGCUGUGAUGGCCAAACGCAACCGUCCUGAAGGCUACCUGUCCACUCUGCCAGGGUUCGUCAGGGUCAGUGAGGCAUUCGUGGCCUGCAUCAUCUUUGCUGCCUACACCAGCUAUUUCCAAGGUGUGGGGCCAAGCUAUAGGCCAGGUGCUAUGAUCUGGUGCAUCAUAGUGUACGGCAUCUGCUUCCUUGUCACUGUGGUCAUCAUACUUUUCAGACUGAUCAAGUUCCUCUCCCUUUUGUGCUCCAUGCUGGAUAUAGUUGAAUUAGUGUUCAAUAUCUUGGCGGUGCUGUUGUACCUGUCUACUGCUAUUGUGUGGCCCCUGUACACCUACCAACACUACCGAAGCUACCAUCCACCUGACUGCAGCUACUGCCGACUGGAUGACCUGGUCGUGGUUACCGUCAUGACCAUCGGUAAUCUCAUUCUUUACAUAGUGGACCUGGUUUAUAGCAUUCUGGCAAUAGUUAAUCGCAUAUGA